UCCUCUCUCCGCUCCACCGCUCCAAUAAGCGAGGAGAGAUUUUUGGAGCCCUCGAUGGAAAAUUACCUCGUGACCAAGAAGAAGAGGGGCAGUCGGGACCGGCCGCCGCAGACGGAGCCCGUCCCCCGCCACAGCGUCUUCAUCAGCAGCAGCAGCAGCUUCCUCUUCUUCUUCUUCUUCUUCAUCCUCAGCAGCAGCAGCUUCCUCUUCUUCUUCUUCAUCCUCAGCAGCAGCAUCAGGACCGGAGGCAGGAUGUCCUGCGCAGCCGGCUGAUCGGAGGUCAUGGAGAAGCCCGGAGGUCCCGGCGCCGCGGGGCGCUCCACCUAUGGGUGGAGGGCGCUGCUGCUGCCGCAGCUUAACCGCCAGUCGCUGUUCGUGUACGGCAGCGAGAUGGCGGUGGAGCAGGAGUGCAGGCGGCAGCUGCAGAGCGGCGUGUUCGUCAUCCACCCGUUCAGCCUCAUGAGGAGCUACUACAUCAUGUGCAUGAUGGCCAUCACCUUCCUCAACCUCAUCGGGAUUCCCAUGGAGAUCGCCUUCCUGGACAGCCACAGCGGCUUCGCCUGGGAGGGCUUCAACGUGUUCUCUGACACGCUCUUCCUCAUCGACGUCGCCCUCAACUUCCGCAUGGGCAUCAUCGCAGAGGACAGCGAGGAGGCGAUCCUGGACAUCAAGCGGAUCCGGGUCAGCUACCUGAGGACGUGGUUCAUCCCCGACGUCAUCGCCGCCUUCCCCAUCGGAUACAUCCUGCUGUUCGCGGACUUGCACUACAACAACGACAACAACCCGUCCAAGACCAACAAGAUGAUGAGGAUCCUGAUGUUCGUGAGGAUCCUCAGCCUGAUCCGGCUGGCCCGGGUCUCCCGGCUGGUCCGGUUCUUCAAUGAGGUGGAGAAGGUGUCCAACGCCCACCUGGAGGUGGUGCGUCUCUUCUUCCGCAUCCUGUCCCUGUUCAUGAUGAUCUUCCUGCUCUGCCACUGGAACGGCUGCAUCCAGUACUUUGUGCCCAUGCUGGAGGAGUUCCCCACGGACUGCUGGGUCCGCAAGGAGAACCUCAUGAAUGCAACAGUGAGCGUGAAGUACUCGUGGGGCGUGUUCCGGGCGCUCUCCCAGAUGAUCGCCCUGUCGUACGGCUCCAUGGACGCUCCGACCAACUACGUGGAGAUGUGGAUCGUGAUGGUCAGCAUGGUGUCCGGCUGCCUCAUGUACACGGUGCUGGUGGCCAACGCCACCACCAUGAUCGCCAACACCGACCCGGCCGCCAAGGAGUACAAGAGCAAGAUGAGCCGGCUGGAGCACUACAUGGGCUUCAUGAAGCUCCCUCCGGAGCUGCAGCUGCGCAUCAGCAGCUACUACCAGGCGCGCUACGGGGGGAAGUGGUUCCAGGAGAAGGACGUCAUGGACACCGUGUCCUCGGCGCUCAAAGAGGAAAUCUUGAUGGUGAUGUGCAGCCGGCUGCUCCGGAAGGUGCCGAUGUUCCAGACCCGAGACGAGAACUUCAUCAACGCCCUCCUCUUCAAGCUGGAGUACGAGGUCUUCCUGGAGGGCGACACCAUCGUGCGGCAGAACGUCCCCGGAGACCGCAUGUUCUUCAUCGACCACGGCCAGGUGGUCAUGGAGGCCGAGUCCUACGAGAGGGAGCUGUGUGACGGGGACUUCUUCGGGGCCAUGGAGCCGACGGCCCGGUUCUUCACCGCGCUGAGGAAGAUGGCGCUGACGCUCGAGUCCGAAACGGCGAAGCUCCAGAGCCGGUUCGAGAACCGCGACGACGACGGGGAUGGCGACGCCACAGCGAAAGCCUCGCGAGCGUAUCACGACGUGAUGUGUGACGUCGGCGGCCUCAAGACGCAGAUCCAGGGUCAGUUGUCUGAGCUGACGGGUCAGGAGAGCGAGGUGGCCGGCUUCAUCGCGGCCUGUCGGGUCAUGGCGCAACGGGUCGCCACGGACAAGCAGACGCUGAGGGGCCACUGGGAGAAGUACGGCUACCAGCCCCCCCGAGACCCCCGGGGGCCCGCCGAGGCCGAAGAGGAAGCGGCGGAUGAUGGAGAGACCCGGGAGGACGGCGCGGGUCGUGGCUCCUCCCCCCCGCUGCCGGGAACGCCGCCCUUCGCCGACGCGCUGCGAACGCCGCAGCUCUACGAUUUCGGCCUCUCCAAGGUGGCCAUGAGGGCGUUGGCCGGGGCGGGCUGCGGCCCCGAGGUGUCCCCGAUGCCCCGGCUGCGCCUGCCCCGCCCCUUCCCCGCCACGCCCACGCUGCUGACGCCCAAGUGCGCCCUGCGGAUGGACGAUGACGAGCCGCGGCCGGCGUCCGGCGGCUUCGACCUCCCGGAGCGCGGCGCCGCGUUCCCGAACAACGACUUCACGAUGGAUCUGCUCCGGAAGAACGUCGACAAGCCCCAAAGGCCUCUCGUCCCGCCGGGGAACGCUCUGGGAGGGACUUCACACACCAAGGCUCCGAUCCUGGAGUCUCCGGAGCCGCCCGUGUUCUGCAUCCCGGGGUUAAAGAUCACCAAGCCCGCCGCUCGCCGCUCCCCGCCGGCACAGAGCGCCGCCGACCCACAAUCCCCGGCUCGGCCUGCACACCUGCCGACCACGCCCGAGCCCCCGGUGCUGCAGACCCCGCACCUGAGCCGCCUGGGCCCCUCCAGGAAGAAUGCACUGCAGCCCGAGCCGACCGACACGGAGGCCGACCAGCCGUCUCCUCGAGACGCGGCGGCGUCCGUCUCCGCGCGGGGACGCGGCGAGCCGGACGUGUGCGUCACGGCCCCGGAGGACGGCCCGAUGCCGGAGAUGCCCGUCCUGGAGUCCGUUCUGGGGAUUUCUUUACAAACCAGGAGCGCUGGACUGCAGCGGAGGACCGAGGAGGCCGGCGACCUGGACGGGCCCACGCAGGAGUUCCGCCUCGGGACCCCCCACCUGCCCAUGGACUACCAGGAGGUCGGCGACCUCGGCUCCGUGACGCAGGACAUCUGUAAACUACAUAAUUUUGUUCUGAAGCUCCUGACCAAGGACCCGAUGAAGAGGACGGUCACGGCCGUGGUGCAGCCCAGCGUCCGGCCGAAGAUUCAUCCAGUCAGUUCUGUGAGGGUGUCCGAGGUGUCGCACAGGGAGUACCAGAACUUACCGAAGUACAUGAAGCAGAUGACUCUGGUGCAGCUGAACCUGGCCGUGUUCAACAUCAACAAGUUCACCAGGGACGGGCGCGGUCAUCAGACGGAGUUCAGCAUGAAGGACCUGAGCCGGGUCUGCGCCACAGGGACCAAGACGCCGCUGUACGUCCUGUGUCUGGUGGAGCUGAAGAGGCUGGAGCCCACGGGGGGGGCCCGGAGCAGCGGCUCGGUGUACAAGCUGUGCACGGACCUCUAGAGGAGGGUCACCAGAGGUCACGCACACACACACAACUAGAUCCAGAGCACACGUCGCGGGGUCUUUCGUGUCUUUUGAGAGCCGCGGUGAGACCCGUGAAGUAUUCAUGGCAUUCAAACCCUGAAGAAGACAAAAGAGCAUCAGAGUAUAUUUAAAGGGGAAGUACUCUAUUUGGACCGAGUGGCCCGUUUUUAAGAAUUAAUGAGCAAGGUUUAUGCAUUUGUGUUUAUAUACUUUAUAUAUGGUUUGCUUGUGAUCGAUAAAGUAUUCUAAAUGUGUAAUACACCUUUGUUGUAGAACGUUGUCUUGUAUGUUUAAUGUGAUUUAAAUAAAUUUGUAAAGAGUACAAGA